AGUUCAUGCGGCCGGUUGUUUUCGUUCCUCUCCGUUAAUAAGUAGCGAUCGUCGUCGUAAGGUCCGAACUCUCCCCUCUCCCCCCGAAGCAUUUGACCGACAGAGCUUCCUCGGAAUGUCGAUGACGACGGCGCGCCUUAGGGUUUUCAUUCUCGCCGUGCUCCUCCUGGCCUCCCCGUUCCUCCUCCAAGUUGUCAGGUGCCAAUCCGAUGCCGAACCUGAAGUUGCUGAGUCUAACGAAGAAGGAGGUGAACUUGGGAUUGUUGGUGACGAUGCCCAAGAAUCUGGUGGUGUUCGCUUUGGACCAGCUCCUGGGGUUGAAACUGUUUGUGUCUUCCCGAAGAACGGAGCACGAGUGGUUCCUGCUGGAGAGGAGACUGAAUUGCUAGUUGGAAUGAAGAAUGAUGGUGAGUCGAGCUUGAAUAUCAUUGGAAUCAGGGCCAGUGUUCACCUCCCAGUUGACCACCGUUUGUUGGUUCAGAACCUCACUGGUCAGGCCUUCAACAAUGCCUCGGUUCUAGCAUCCACUCAAGCCGCUUUCCCCUACGUUUUUGCUGUCAGCAAGUACUUGCAGCCUGGAAAUUUCGAUCUUGUGGGAACAAUCUUCUAUGAUGUGGAUCAGCAACCCUACCAAACCGUCUUCUUCAAUGGUACUAUCGAAGUUGUCGAAUCUGGUGGUCUCCUCAACAUGGAGUCCGUCUUUCUUGUUACUUUAGGAAUUGCUCUUCUUGUGCUUCUUGGUCUAUGGGUUCAUGGUCGCCUGCAGAACCUCUCGAAGAAAACCAAGAAGGCGCCAAAGGUUGAAGUUGGAACCAAGACAACAGAUGCAUCACUGGAUGAGUGGCUUCAGGGAACAGCAUAUACCCAGUCACUCUCGAGCAAAUCGAAAAAGAAGUAGAUUGAAGGAUUUCACUGAUUCAGCUGCAUGAGGCUCAACAGGUAACAGCAGACAACUGUAACUCACAUCCACAUGUUUGGAGCAUGGAUCUGAGAGAGGAAACCGAAAUAUAUGUCGCAGUAGUUUGUUGAGUUAGGUUCAGAAAUACCCGCCUCGCGGUUGAAGAAAAUUUUUCAGGUUUUCUUCUUUUUUGCGGUUCUCCACCCCGGCCGGAUGAAUGAUGUGUUUGUUUUCGCAACAAAAUUUAACUCGACUCGACUCAACUCCA